AUUUACACCAGCUUUAAGUGCCCGAAUAAAAAUUCAGUCACUCCAACGGCCACAUUUGUGCUCCGUCUCUUCUUCUUCACCUUGUGAAAGCCCUUUGACAAGUGUCGGUCAUGGGCUGCGGCACGUCGAAGAUCGACGGCCUACCUGCCGUAACUCUGUGCCGUCACCGUUGCCAGUUACUUGAGGACGCGCUGUACCAGAGCUAUGCACUUGCCGAUGCCCACCUGGCGUACAUGAACUCCCUGAACUCGCUCGGUCCCUCUCUCUGUAAUUUCUUUGAACAAGCCGUCAACAACCGCUACUCUGAUCCUCAACCGAACAAUGACUCCACCGUCUCCGCCGUAAAAUCGUUGAAAUCCCCUCCCAUUGCGGCUUCACUGGCUCGAUCCUCCUCCUCCUCCAGUUCAAACUCGGACUCUGAGUCGGAAUCAUCCCACCUUCCAGUCAAGUAUGACUCGGAGGAUGAAGAAAGGGGAAAUCGUUUCGUCUCUUUCAAUCAUCUUCACAAUCAUACCAAUCAACCUGUUAAUUAUUUGAAUCACGAUUUCCAUUAUGACGAUAAUCCCCCUCCGCCUCCUGCUCCGAGCAGCUCUGCUUGGGAUUUCUUGAAUUUCUUUGAGGCUUAUGAGCGAUACGAGCCGCCUUUCAAUCAGGACAGUGAAGUGAAUCCCAAGUCAUCUGUUCAUGACAUUGGGAAAUCAAAAAGAGAGAAUGCAGCAGACAUUGGGAAAUCAAAAAGAGAUAAUGGAGCAGAUAAUGGAGGUUCAAAGGCUAACAAUGUCGAUAGGGAGAAAGAGCAGGCUAAGGAGGGAAGGAAAACAGAUGAAUCGGAUAAUCGAUGCAGCGGUCAAAGCAUUCUUGAUGUCAUCAGAGAGGUCAAGGUUUCCUUUGAGAGUUCUGCAGAGUCGGGUAAUGAAGUAUUGAAGAUCCUUGAUUCUGGAAAAUUCCAUUAUUACAGGAAAAAUGCCGCUUAUCAAGCUCCUUCUAAGAUGCUCAAUGUGUUUACAGCGGCUUCAAUGGUGGCUAAUUAUAAGAGAUCAGGGUCCUCAACAGCAACAGAGAAGAUUCAUUCUAUUGAUGAAGAUGAGCUUGUGACAUCCGGGAAUUUAUCUUCUACUCUGAGGAAGCUGUGUGUUUGGGAAAUGAAGCUCUACGAGGAAGUUAAAGCGGAGGAAAAAAUGCGUGUAAUACUUGCAAGGAAGUGUAGACUGAUGAGAAGCUUGGAUGAGAAAGGUGCUGAGGCUCAUAAAGUGGAUUACACUCAAACUUUAAUUAUGGCCUUAUCUACCAAGAUAAAAAUUUCAAUCCAAGUUAUCAACAAGAUUUCAAUUGCUGUCAAUAAGUUGAGGGAUGAAGAGUUGUGGCCGCAUGUCGAUAUAUUAAUUCACAGGCUUCUUUCAAUGUGGAAAUCUAUGCUAGAAUGUCACAGGUAUCAGUCCCAUACAGUUGUGCAAGCCAAAAGUCUAGACUUCAUUUCAUUUGAUGGGAAGCUUAGUGAUGCUCAUAUUGAAUCUGCAAUACAACUCAAAAUCCAGCUUCAGAACUGGCUUCUGAGCUUCUCCAACUGGUUCGACGCCCAGAAAGGCUAUGUCAACGCGUUGAACGGAUGGCUUAUGCGAUGUCUUCUGCACGAACCUGAACAAACAAUUGAUCAUGUCGCCCCCUUCUCACCCGAUCGAAUGGGAGCGCCUCUUGUUUUCGUCAUCUGUAACCAAUGGUCGCAGUCCAUUGAGAAGAUAUCAGAGAAGGAAGUGAUUGAUGCCAUGCAUAAACUUAUCACCCUUGUAAGUAAACUCUUGGAACAGUAUAAUAUAGAGCUGCAACAAAGGGUGGCAGAGAACAAGAACAUGGAGAGAAUGGUGAAAAUUUUGGAAAGGGAGGAGCAGAAGUUUCAGAAGGUGACGCAAGCUCGAGAGAAAAGGAUAAUUGAUCUCCAUUCACCCAUUGAUAUCAAUGCUAGUGAUCUACAGACAUGUCUGAAACAGAUUUUCAUUGCCAUGGAGAAGUUUGCAGCUAAGUCGGCGAAAAAUUAUGAAGAACUUCAUUUGCGCAUCGAAGAAGGCAGGACCAGUUGAGAGAACUUACAAGGUCCUUGGGUUUAUUUUCUUGGAUAAGGUAUUCGUUGCUCCAUCUUGCUUAAUUUCCUAGCUUAAUUAAUUGUAUUUAUUUCCAAUGAAUUUUACUUGGAAAAGAUCUGUAAAUUAAGAUUUUUCUGGAGGACCAUAGUCUUAAAUUCGAUAUGUAUCCUUAGUUGAGUGUGAA